AUGGAGCUGGGCGGACAACGUGCAUUGCGGGUGCUGUUGGACAUGGACGGCGUGUUGGCCGACUUUGAGGGCAGCCUCCUGCGAGGCUUUCGGCACCGCUUCCCCCAGGAGCCAUAUGUGGCCCUGGAGGACCGGAGAGGCUUCUCGGCCCGGAACCAGUACGGGGCCCUGCGGCCCGACCUCGCGAUGAAAGUGGCAAGUGUGUAUGAAGCACCUGGGUUUUUCCUAGGUCUGGAGCCCAUCCCCGGGGCCUUGGAAGCCGUGCAGGAAAUGAGCUGCAUGAAGGAUACUGAAGUCUUCAUUUGCACAAGCCCACUGAAGAAGUACGAUUACUGCACGAGUGAGAAGUACCUCUGGGUGGACAAGUACCUGGGUCCGCAGUUUGUAGACCGCCUGAUCCUGACCAGGGACAAGACAGUGGUCUCGGGGGACCUGCUCAUCGAUGACAAGGAUGUUAUUCAAGGCCAAGAGAAGAAACCGAGCUGGGAGCACAUCUUGUUUACUUGUUGCCACAAUCAACACCUGGACCUGCCCGCUUCCAAAAGAAGGCUUAAUUCCUGGAGUGACAACUGGAGAGAGAUCUUAGAGAACAAGCGGAAAGUAAUAACAGGAGAGCACGGAAAGAGCACCUGGAGGAGCACCACAUAGUAGGAACUCUGCAAGUCAUCUCAAUCCCUGCAGGGAAGAGUGACUUCCAACAGGCAGGGAAGUUGGAGGGGAAGGAAGCUGAAACAGGCCAGGAACAGACCUUUAUUCCAGGGUAAUCUCCUCAGCACCAGACCCAACCAUCAAAUGCCUCCAGGAAUAACUGUACCUGUGUCACAAUAACAUGGGACUGCGCAUCACAUGUCAAUAAAACAUUUCGA